UUAUCACGUGACGGAGUAGGCGUAUUUAAGCCCCUGGCGCGAGAUUCUCGGAGAACAGAAUAGCAGUCUCAACCACAAGUUGUUUGUUGCAACGGUCUCUUGAAGAAAAAAUGAGUAUCAUCGGAAAGCAAAAACACAGCCAGCAGAGGUCUAAUGAGAAUAUAAAGAGCUUUUUUACACCAUCCCAAAAGGCAAUGGGACCCCCCAGGCAAUCUCUACAGGUCCUCCAGCUCUCAGCUGGCAAAAUAAAUUUGGGAAGGUCAGCUCAGGUGGGAAAGGUAAUUCCAAAACGCAAACAGUGGAGCACAGAACAAACUAGAGGUCCAAAGAGGGUGAAGGCUGAAGUUAAAUCAACACAAACUGAAGAAACUCAGUGUUUGACAGAUGGCAUGUCCAAUGAAGCGUAUGAACUUAUGGUCGUAGAAACUGCUCCUUGCUCCUACUGGAAAGAAAUGGCUGAAGAGCGUCGGAAGGCCUUGUACAAUGUUCUACAGGAGAACGAGAAGUUACACAAAGACAUUGAGGCCAAAGAUGAACAGAUAACACAGCUGAAGUGUGAAAAUGAAGAGCUGCAGGAGCUGGCACAACAUGUACAGUACAUGGCUGAUAUGAUUGAGAGGCUGACUGGAAAGAGCCCAGACAAUCUGGAGGAGCUGCGGGAGAUUGCUCUUGAUGUGGAUGAGCAUGAUGACCGUGAAGUGGCAGGUCGAAGUGAGGAGGAAGAAGACUCGGAUUACAGCCAGAGUCCUUCAGAGGAAGAGACUUCAGACCAUGAACAAGGACCCUCAGGAGAGCUGGAUUAACUGACCACUUUUAUUUCAUGGGACUUUGAACUGGUUGUACAGGUCAGCAGAUUUUAGCUACAAGAUGUUUUGGCAGCAACAAGUGGCCAUCCAUUUGACUGAAUUGGCCCUUUUUUUUUUUUUUUUUUUUUUUUUUUUUUUUUUUUUUAAUGUAAUUUAUGUACUUCAAUAGUUUUUCAACACCUGCAAUUUUAGUUUUACACCUUGAACAGAUUGGGGCUGGUUGUAUUUUCUUAGGUUUUGCUGUAUUAAGUAAAGAGGUGUUUAAUACUUAACUACUUUUCAGACAUUUCUACAAGACCGGAAAAGCACAGUGUAAUUUAAUGAUGGCUGUUUUAGUUUUUUGCAUUCACUGCCAGAUGUGGUCUUGAGCAUGUCCUUGAAGAGUUAGUUUACACUGAAAAAUUGUGCAAUGUUGUAGCUCCAAUGUGUACAUAAGCCUAAUGUAAAAUAAACCCUUUUAAAAACUUUC